UACAAAAUGGCUGACUUUAAAACUUGCUCCUUGGACUAUUUCCCAGAGAACAUUUUAAUUGACAUUUUGUCUUAUUUAAGUGUUCGAGAGCUCGUUCGAAUGGGCAGGGUGUGUAAGAGGUGGAGGAGGCUGGUGAAGGACCAGAGGUUGUGGCGUGCUGUAGACCUCUCAGAAUGGAAAGGGGUGACGUCGCGCCUGCUGUGGGUCCUGCUGCGGCAGUACUUUGGCUGUGGACUGCGCUGCCUGCACCUGCGGGGGCUACUCCUUUCUGCCCGUGGUGGGGCAUUUCUUUCAGAAUCCUGGCUGCAGACCCUGGCCUCCCGAUGCCCCCGCCUGCGUAAACUCUCUUUGUUGCACGUAGACUUGAGGGUACUGCGCAGCUGUUUAUUCUUGCCCCCAACACUUCAAGUUCUGGAGUUGCGAGGCUGUGAGCUCCCACCUGGCUUUUUCUCCAUGAGUUCCUCUCUUUCAUCUACUGACCACAGUGGGGGGAAGACUGGAAAUAGAAUGGGGAGAGCAUCAUCAGCCACUUCCACAACAUUAGCUGGGAGUCAUGCAGCAAGCAGUGUGGUUGAUACAACUGCUGGAGGUACGGCCAUCGAGACCCUUGUCCUGGACAAUGUACCCUCCUUUACAGAUCUGCACCUCCAGAGCCUGGUCUCCUGGAAGAGACUGAGCCGCCUGGAACUGCGAGAUGUGAUACGCAUCACUGCUGCAGGCUUGCGGAGCUGUGCUGCCCAGGAGAGUGGGAUUGGAGGAGAUGAGGGGCCAGGUGUAGCCUUCAGGUUGUCCCAGCUUAUGUCCCUGGAGCUGGGGAAUUCAGGACGGCCAGGAUCCCAGACUCAAAUGGCCUCGCUAGGCCUUGGUGAAGGGUGGGCAGGCUUAGAAGAGCUGACCCUCGGGGGUAGGGAGGUGGCACCUGGUCUUCUUUGUGUUUGUCGACUGAAGGAUUUGCAGAGGCUGCGGCUACGUGGUUGCCUGCUCAGCGAGGUGCAAGUGCUGCGCAGUUGCAGGGGACUGCGCAACCUACAGAGGCUGGAGUUCUGUGAGGUGACCUUCCAGGGGCACCAGAAGAAAUGGGAUGCAAAAGAGAACGACAGACAUGAAGGUUCUGAAAGUGGGAACGAAAAAGAGGAUCCCAUGCCAACUCUCCGCCGUUCUCUGGGUGGCUUACUACCUGGAUGCACUCUGGUGUUCACUCGUUGCUCUGUCACCAUGCCUUCUGAGUGAAAGUGCACAUUUACAUGUUAGCUGUUCUCUGCAGUUCCACUUUUUCCUGCACAUGCAAUAGGUAUGUCUAUUUGCAUAGGCUCAGAAAUACACAGUAUUUUGCUCUUCACACACAGUCCCAGCACAAGUAAUUAUACAUAAAAAGGCACUUGGUAGUGUGCAAGACAGCAGGAAGAAGAAUUUUAGUCCUUCUAGUACUAUAUAAUCUGCCUUGCUAACUUGUGUAUAUAAGAUUUUUUUUCUUUCUUUCUUUCUCUGAAACCACCAUGGUUUGUACUGGAGCAAGUUUUUUUUUUUUUUAAAUUUUAAUUUCUUACCAAGGUUGACCAAUAGGCAAAGAUGUGAACGCGCAGUAGCGUAUUGUCAGUUCUUCAGAACAUAAACAAACUUCUGCUUUAAUUACUUAUUACUAUCUUUCACUUUCCCUUUAGGAACAUCAUUUUAUGCUUGAUCAGUCGUACAGUUGGUAAAUAAAGGAGCCUUUCAGUUGUAUUAAACUCAUUUGAACUGCCAGAAUGCAAAUGCUUCAUUCUUGAGAUGACUUGUUUCUUCUGUUUCUCUGGGCUCAGACCAUAAAUAAGGAUGUUUCAGAUGCACCAGAAAGAUGGUGGCUUGUGGGUGAGAUUACGUACAAUUGCCAGAGCUGUUAGAUUGGUACAGCAAGAAGGUUCACAUUCUUGUUUAAAAACAUUUCCCUCACCAAGAGAUUUAAAGUCUUAAACAUAAGUCCCUUUUUAUAAAUAGCAUUACAUGCUGCACUCAUUUUGAAGAUUGGUUUGUCUACAUAUUACUGUUUGAAAACAGUCUGACUUUUGUAUUUGCCACAGUAAGUAUGUACGCUGGACAACUAUUUUUAAGAAACGUCGAGAGGGACGAUGUGGAGCUAUGAGGUCUGUUCCGCUCAAAGCUCCACUUCAUAGCCCUAAACUCAUAGAGACCAUGUACUUCUGUUACAGAUACUCACUUUAUUGCGCUUUAUCUGAUCUUUUUUUACAUCAUACAUCUUACAAUGCACCGGAACAGUUCAAUUUCAAUGUAACCUGAAACACUUCUGAUGCACAGUUACAGUAUGUAGAUAUCCUCUCUGCAGCCUCAG